AUGGUCGUUCCCGUCGUUCCCGGCGGUGAUGUGGACGACGGGCAGUCGGCGGGUUCUGCGCGGUGCGAGCUGGAGCAGCCGGGGGCGCAGAAGGGGGCGAAGUGCCCGCGCUGCAACCCGGCUUGCGGAGUCAACCGCUGGAACGCCGCCAAGGAGCGCUACGUGCCCUUCCAUCGGGCGAACGCCGCCGGGGAGCGCUGCCCUUGCGCUGGCAGCCACGGCGGCGCGCGACGCGGCCCGGGCCCCAAGCGGGACAGCGCGCCAAGCUGCCAGUCUCUGGGGCCGGCGCGCAAGGCGCGGCGCGCCAUGCCGGAGAUGGUCGAGCACGAGGCCGCCGACGACCAGCUGGAGCGCGUUCUACAGGGCGACGAAUUGCUCGCUGAUUUUCACGCUCCGGAAUCUGCGACGAGUCCUGACAAAUACGCCCAGACAAAGUUCACGGCGCACGCCGCGCGGCUCCCAGCCCGCCUGGUCGAGGCCGGCGCCCUCGUGGCUGCCAAGCACGGGUUCCGGAACAAAGCUUUGUGGGAGAGCUUUUUGUUCUUCACCGCCAGCCUACUUCGGCUGCAACCCCCCGAGCUGCUUCGAGAGGGCGCGCGCGAGCGGUUGGCCGACGUGGCCCUGGAGCGGCACGAGGACGACGUGCUCGCGGGGAAGUGCGUCACGACCAUGCUUGACAUGGGAUGGCGGUCGCGGUCGGACGCAGCGCAGCUGUAUCGCCGGUUCUUCCCGCGGCAGGCGCUCUGCGAGCGGACGCUGGGGCCGUGGGUGUUUGCUCUGCGCGUGUUCCGAUAUCCCGGCUCCAUGGAGUUCGUCGAGGCCGCGCUCCGCGGGUACUCGGGGGCCGAGGUGUCUGCCGCUUUCUCGAAAGCCAUCGGCGAGGACGAAGAGGAGACGCUUCUCGCUCUUUUCACGGAGGGCUUGCAGCUGGAGUUUACUUUGCGCGCGAGCAUCACGGCGGCCUUCGACCCGCGCGAUGGCCGCAGGCAGGUGUACCGGGAGGAGUGCGAGCGGGCGUCUCCUGACGACAAGCGCGGCGACCAUAUGCUCAGGGCCAUGCGGCAGUGGUAUGAGCACGCGCCGGCGAUGGCGACGGCGGUGAUGGAUGUCUACCGCGCGCUCGCAGCGUUGGAUGGGCCUUCCCUCGGCACCGCGUGCCUGGCGCUGAUGGGCGCGAUUCUUGAUCUCGAACUCUUGGGGCGACCUUUCGCGGACCCCUUCCUCUCUGUCGAGGAGAAGUCAUCGUGCUACUACGCUAAAUUUAUUUUAGACAGCAUAUACUGGCUCGUGGGGUCGGCUUGCUGCUCGUCGGGCGAGAACCGGGACGCCGGUUUUCCGGCGGGUGGGAUGAAGCCCCGGUGCGCAUGCGCGGCCUCCAGGCUUCUCCUUCGGGCUCGCGGGAAGCACAUGUUUAUCGGGCCGGCCCUGCGAGAGCUCAUCGUGUCGCUGCGUUGUCCAGCGCGCGGCGACAAGGCUGGCCUGGUGCGGGGCGUAUUGGGAGCGGCGCAGGAUCUCCUUCCGGAUUUCAAUUCGCUGUUUCUGUGCGACUUGGACUUGUACGCCCUGCAGUUCUUUCCGUGCAUAUGGGGCAAGUGGCUCAUGGCAGUCCAGCGCCUUUCGGCCGCCCUGCCGGCAGACUCCGCCGAGCACUUGGUAGUCUUGGACCGGCUGCGCCGGGGCAUUCGACGGAGAGAGAAAGAGCGGAUCUUUCCGCUCGAGACGGUCCGGAUCCGCGAGCUCUGGGGCGGGCUCCGUCGCCUGGCCUUGGUGGCGGACUUCCUCGCUGCCCCCGCGGCCCAGCAGCGCCGCGUGUGCGAUGAGGUCGCGUGGGCCGCAACUGGCAACCUCCGGAAGUACGUCAGCGAUCUCCUUUCGCAUUAG